UCAAAAUUUGUAAUAAUCUUUGAUCAUAUAGCAUAAUCACUAAAAUUAUGGUUAAGCUAACCAUAAUUGGAAGGAUUAGAGAUGGGUUGCCAUUAGCACAAGGUUUAAGGUAUGCUAAUGAAGAUUACAACAACACACCAUUUUACAAGCAAUAUAUUGAAUUCAUCCUCAAAGAGAUUUCAAGGGGCUCUUUAACACCUAAUCCAAAGAUGACUAUUCGUCUAGAUCAUCAACAUUCAUUCAAUUGUUUGGUUGCUUGUGGUGUUUGCUUCAUCACAUUAUGUGACUCUUCAUAUCCGAGAAUACUUGCUUUCCAUUACCUUGAAGAAUUGAGGCAAGAAUUGGAGAAGUUUUCAAGUGAAGAACUUAUUGAAAAAAUUUCAAGACCAUAUAGUUUUGUCAAGUUUGGCAGUGUUAUUACCAGUAUUAGGAAGCAAUACAUAGACACAAGAACACAAGCUAAUCUCAAGAAGUUAAAUGCUAGUCAUGGGCAUGAGUUGAACAUCUUAAUAGAAAGCAUAUCUACUAUUGUAGAAAACAGGAAACAAAUGGAUUAUAUGGAGAGAGUUGUGAUGGCUCCUCAAGUUGUUUCACCUAUUUGGGGCUCUAAGCGUCUUGAGGUAUACUUAAAUGGAGUAUUAGCAAGCAUUUCUUCAAUACUAAUUUAUCUAUUAUCCACACUAUAUUGAAUGAUUAUUUUCAAUUACACUUGUCGUAAUCAUAUUUAUUUUUCCGACAUAAAUAAUAUUUAUUUUUCCGACAUAAAUAAUAAGGAUAAAUCAUAUUAAAUU